AGUAAACAGAAUCACAAAUAGCCAUCUUCUUCACCAUUUCUGCAAAAACUUUCCUUCUUCCUCUGCCUUGUCGACCUUGUCUUCAGUAACAAUCAGAAAACAAAGAUCAAAUGGUUUCAUAAUUCUCUCUGUAUAUCCUUUUUGUCUUCCUCUUUUUUAUCUUAAUUUAGUUUUAUAAAUUCAAAGCAUAACAAACGCAAAGUUGAAUUCUUUAUUUAUUUUCCUUUCGAUGGGGAGAAAGUCACAGUGAUUAAUAUAAUCAUACCGUUGAAAUCUUGCUCUUUUGUCAAAUAUUCAUCAUCAUUUUGUUUGUGUAAACAAAAAAAAAAUAUCUUUCUCGUUAAGGAGAGAGAAAAUCCUGAAGACGAAGGAGACAGGAAGAGGAACAUAUCUCUCGUAAUCCACUGCUAAAUUCGGAUCCGGAUCCGGAUCGGGUGGGGUUUUGUUUUUUUCUGGGUGUUGGAUCAGUGUCCAGUUGGAUGUCAGCGGCGGAACUAAAGAUUUCCGUUUGCGGCUGCUGUGGCUGUGACUGUGACUGUGGUUCGUCGUCUUGAAUCAAUCAGGGCUGUCCAUGGGUUGGGUGCCUAUGGGUGUGGCCCAGUCCAGACUGUGUUGGGCGGAUAACGGGACUUUCAUCACAGUUUGAACAAAGACUCAGUCAACUUCCUAUAGACCUUAAAUGUCUGGUUUUGAAGAACACGUUGCUGUAAUGGGAGAGUGGGUGCCUUGUAAUCCUAGCUCGAAACGUGUUCUUAAAAGAGAGUUAUCUUUGAAUCAUGGUCAGGUUACUAGUAAUAACAACAAGGAUUCUUCGCAGACCAACAACAUUUCAGGAGGUGGUUUAAGAGAAAGAAUCGCUGCUCGUGCUGGAUUCAACACUCCGAGGCUAAACACUGAGAACAUCCGCUCUAACACCGACUCUUCUAGUCUUCGGUCUCCUUGCUUAACCAUCUCUUCUCCUGGCCUUAGCCCUGCCACACUCUUGGAGUCUCCUGUUUUCCUUUCUAACCCAUUGGCUCAACCGUCUCCAACUACAGGGAAAUUUUCAUUUCUUCCGGGUGUUCACAGCAAUGGAUUGUCUUCUCCUGAUGCUUCUGAGAAAGACAAAGACGAGUUCUUUGACGUCAUUGGAGCAUCAUUCACAUUCCAUCCUGUUUCAACAUCCUCUUCCUCUUUCUUCCAAAACGCUACAGAGAUGACGCUAGUUGAUAAUAGUAACUACAACAACAGUUCUUCUCAUCAAAAACUCGGUUCUGAACAAAGUGGCUUGAAGAGGAAGACAUCUGAUGCCACAACAAUCACCAAUGAUCAUCAAGAGGAAGAAGAAGGAGAAGGAGAAGAGCAAAGAGGUUGUGAUUCGAUGGUUGGUGGUGGUGCACCUGCAGAGGAUGGAUAUAACUGGAGGAAGUACGGACAGAAGCUAGUGAAAGGAAGCGAGUAUCCACGAAGCUAUUACAAGUGCACAAACCCGAACUGUCAAGUGAAGAAGAAAGUGGAGAGAUCAAGAGAAGGUCACAUCACUGAGAUUAUAUACAAAGGAGCUCAUAAUCACUCCAAGCCUCCACCUAAUCGACGCUCGGGAAUGCAAUUAGAUGGAACUGAACAACCUGAACAUCAACAACAACAGCGAGAUAACGCUGGAACGUGGGUUAGUUGUAAUAACACUCAACAACAAGUUGGAAGCAAUGAGAACAAUGGGGAAGAAGGAGGUCAGUAUGAGUCAGGUGAUGGUAAUGGUAAUGGUGGUGUAAUCAUGGUGGAUGCUUCGUCAACAUUCUCUAAUGAUGAGGAUGAAGAUGAUAGAGGGACUCAUGGGAGUGCUUCUUUGGGAUAUGAUGGAGGUGGAGGAGGUGGAGGAGAAGGAGAUGAAUCCGAAUCGAAAAGAAGGAAACUUGAGGCUUACGCCAUAGAGAUGAGUGGAGCAACAAGAGCUAUUCGCGAGCCAAGAGUCGUUGUUCAGACAACGAGUGAUGUUGACAUUUUCGACGAUGGUUAUCGCUGGCGAAAGUAUGGUCAGAAAGUUGUCAAAGGAAAUCCAAAUCCGAGGAGUUACUACAAAUGCACAGCUCCUGGAUGUACAGUGAGGAAACAUGUAGAGAGAGCUUCUCAUGACCUCAAAUCCGUUAUAACCACUUACGAAGGCAAACACGACCACGAAGUCCCUGCCGCACGUAACAGUAGCCAUGGUGGCGGCGGUGGAAACGGUAACAGCGGCGUUUCAACCGCUCAAACACAACAUUACCAAGAGCCACCACGUGGCAGAUUCGAAAGACAACUAACGGCGAACAACCAGUCUCAAUUUGGACGUCCGUUUAGUUUCCAGCCUCAUUUGGGUCCCCCUUCAGGUUUUGCGUUCGGUCUAGGACAAACCGGUUUGAGUAAUCUUUCGAUUCCUGGUUUAGCGUUUGGUCAAGGGAAGUUACCGAGUUUACCUUACCAGUAUCUGAGUCAACCGGGUGGGAUGAGUGAAGCGAUGAUGCAGAGAGGGAUGGAGCCUAAGGUUGAACCGGGUUCAGAAACAGGACAAUCGGUAUAUGACCAGAUGAUGAGUAGAUUACCACAGACUGGGUGAUAACCCGCGGGCUGCGUGGAAUGAGAGACUAUUGGAGAUUUUUAUUUUAAUCUUACGAUAUUACGAAUAACUAAGUUAUAUGCACAAAAAAUUAGAUCUAAUUCUUUGAUAUCAAACGAAAGUGUGAAUGCAUAUAUAAUAAACUAUUAAUUGUUUAAUUGAAA